AUGGCUUGGAAUCGCAAGCCACCAUAUUGGCUAACAAUCUUCACGAUUCACGUUUUAUUAACAUGUUCAACGAUCUUAUCCGAUCCACAAGACCCUAUUAGGCUAUUGACGUUCAAACAAUCGCUCACAAACACCGGUGCUCUAGACACUACUUGGAAAAUUUCCACUACACCAUGCACGAGUGAUGAUAAGGUGAAUUGGAAAGGAGUGAUAUGCAAAAAUAAUGGAACUGUUUUCGGCUUACAGCUUGAGAACAUGGGAUUGGGAGGAAGGAUAGACAUAGACACAUUGGCUGGAAUAGCAAGUCUUCGAUCAUUAAGUUUCACGAACAAUACCUUUGAGGGCUCGAUGCCUGACUUGUUAAAACUAAGUGUCCCUUUACGUGGGAUUUUCCUCUCGAAUAACAAGUUUUCCGGGGAGAUUGUACAUGAUGCUUUUACAGGAAUGACUGCUUUGACAAAAGUCGAACUGGCUAAUAAUGGUUUCACUGGUAAAAUCCCAGAAUCACUUACUAAGUUACCAAUUCUUGCGGAUUUGCAGCUUCAAAACAACGCGUUUGAAGGAGAGAUACCAAAUUUUGAGCAGAAGGAUUUGAAAGUGAACUUUGCUAAUAAUAAACUUAAUGGUUCCAUACCCAAGGGGCUUAGAAAUCAGGAUCCAAGCUCAUUUUCAGGAGACAGCUUAUGUGGCAAACCUCUUAAAGCGUGUAAAAAGAAACUAAGCAAACUAAUGAUCAUCAUCAUCGGCGUCGCGUCCCUUGUUGCAGUCUUGGCUCUCAUUAUUAUAGCCUUAUACAUCCUUCGGGCUAAAAAGAGACGUAAAAACAUGUACAUAAACCAUCAAGCAACCAAAAUCGUAAAAAACCAUCAAGCAACAACCAAAAUCGAUAAAAAGAAUGCAAAUGAAAUCCAGGUGCGCAAGGAAGAGAACUACAAAAGAACUGAUAAUGGAGGAAAGCUUCAUUUUGUCAUGAACGACAGGGAAAAGUUUGAGUUGGAAGACCUAUUACGAGCCUCGGCUGAUGUGUUGGGAAGUGGAAGCUUUGGAUCCUCAUACAAAGCGAUGCUAGCGAAAGGGCCUGCAGUGGUUGUCAAGAGGUUCAAAGAAAUGACAAAUGUAGGAAAAGAAGACUUCCAUGCACAUAUGAGAUUGCUAGGAAGCUUGUCACACCCUAAUUUACUUCCUCUUGUGGCUUUUUACUACAAGAGGGAUGAAAAACUCUUGAUAUCUGAUUUUGCUAUCAAUGGUAGCUUGGCAAGUCAUCUUCAUGUUAAACGACAACCGGAUGAGCCAGGGUUGGACUGGGCAACACGGCUAAAAAUAAUCAAGGGUGUAGCACGAGGGCUUGAUUAUCUUUAUCAACAGCUUCCACGUCUGUCACUACCUCACGGUCACCUAAAAUCAUCAAAUGUACUUCUUGAUGAUGCCUUCAAUCCCCUCCUAGCAGACUAUGCCCUGGUUCCUGUUAUCAACAAGGAUCACGCACAACAUCUCAUGGCGGCCUACAAAUCACCAGAAUUCACACAACACGGACGCACUACAAAAAAGACAGACGUUUGGUGCCUAGGGAUCUUGAUACUAGAAUUGCUCACUGGGAAAUUCCCUGCAAACUAUCUAGAACAACAGGGUAAGGGUGGCAAACCGGAUUUGGGGACAUGGGUGAAUUCGGUUGUGAGAGAAGAGUGGACGGGUGAGGUAUUUGAUAAAGAAAUGAAAGGGACGAAGAACGGCGAGGGACAAAUGUUGAAGCUAUUGAAGAUUGGGAUGUGUUGUUGUGAAUGGAAUAUAGCAAGGAGGUGGGAUAUCAAAGAGGCCAUUGAGAAUAUAGAAGGUUUGAAAGAGAAGGAAGAUGAUGAAGAAUACUCAUCUUAUGCAAGUGAGGGAGAUGCUUACUCUUCAAGAGGCAUGGAUGAUGAUAAUUUCUCUUUUUCAGUCACUAGCUAG